AAGGUUUGUAACUCUUGGUCGAGAUGCGGAAAGUAUUCCGAUUAUCUCGCGCUGCAGUUAUGUUUUGUUUUUCAUAACUAAGUGGAAUGUUAUUUAUUUGCUGGACGCCUUAAAUGCCCCAAAGCCUUCGUCAAGAAGGUAGGGCAAACAAUGUUUUUCACUUUUCACCAUGAAAUCGUCGAAAUAUGUGAAAUCUCAUGAAACAAAUUCUCAUGGAAGCCAUGGAGACACGAUCACAGCGACGAAAUUGGUUGAUAGGCCAACUAUUGUGCCUAAAAAACAGGCAGUAAAGAAGACUGCAUAUCGCCGAGCAAUAACACCAUUACCUGCUAAAACUUCCUCGAGGGUGAAACCAACAUCAAGACCUCAAACUUCCCUGGGACUUUAUAAUGAGAAGGAUGGUAACUUUGAUGUUGUGUCCACUGGGUCCAGACCAAGCUCUGCAUUUGGAUUCAACAGCAGUAAUGACAGAACAGCAAGUGGAAACAAAAUUUCCAGAUCGAAAAGUCCUCAAAAGGGUAAGAACAGGGUUAAGAGCUCACAAAAAUCAAAGAAAGUGCCAUCAAAAGCUAGAGUUGUUUGGGAGGACAACACUGAACAGCAAGGACAAGCAACAAACACUGAUGCAAAAUCAGCAAAUGCUGAUCAACCAAAAUUAAAUGGUAGUGGAGGCAAUUCUUUAACUCCACAAACAUGGGCAAGGAGCUCAUUAAACAGAGUGAGAGAUCUUCCUCGUCGACGCACAGGGUUCAAUGCCAGCGCCCUUAUUCCUGGAUCUGUCUCCACCAUGGUGUCCCUUCCAGAAACAGAUGAGAAUCAAAACACAACUACAUCAGCAUCCCCUUCAUUUCAAGAUAUCGUGGACCAUGAGGCAAGUUCUGAUUAUGAUACCGAUCUGGAGGAAGACUUUCCAGUGCUACGAAAAGCUUUUGAUCCCACUGGAAAAAAUUUAUACCACAAAUUAUGCAAAGAGGAAGAUCUUGUUCCAGUCUCAUUCCUGUCAGACCGUCUCAACUGCCAGGAAGUUAUCAUGAAACAUCAUGGGCUUGGAUCACAUGGAACAUUUCCUAUUGCUAGAGCUCUUAUUAAAAACACAUUUACAGAAAAGUUAGAUCUGACAGAUAACUAUAUAGAGGCAGCUGGGGGGGUUGCACUUGCCAGAAUGCUGUUGGACAACUGCUACAUCACUGAGAUUAACCUGUCAGAAAAUUUCCUACGAUCAGAGGGUGGUGUAGCUUUUGCCAGCAUGUUACUGAAGAAUCAAUCUUUGAUGAAGUUGGUGUUAAGAUCAAAUCACCUGGGUGACAAAGACGCCAGAGCCUUUGCAGAUGCCCUGAAAGAAAAUCGUACUCUAACGUAUCUAGACCUGAGCUAUAAUGACAUUGGAGAGAUGGGUGGCAUUUACUUGGGAGCUGGACUGGGUAUGAAUUAUGGCUUAAAACAUCUGGAUGUCAGCUGGAACUGUAUAAGGUUCAAGGGUGCCGUAGGGAUGGCACAGGGCUUGAAGACAAAAGAUUGUCUAGCUCAUCUAAACAUAUCCUGGAAUGGCCUAUCCUUGCUGGGUUGUGUUGCAUUGGGAAGAUUCUUAAAGAAGAAUGAAGCUUUGGAAUCACUCGACAUAAGUAACAAUCGUAUCGGACUACUGGCAACACAAAAGCUAGCCCUUGGCAUUGCUGCUCAUCCAAAUCUCAAGGUUCUUAAGAUCGGUAAAAAUCCAAUAGGCGACGGAGGUGUAGAGACACUUUUAAAUGUCAUUAAAGCUCAUCGAACAAUCAAGUUCUUGUCUCUUGAGGACAUCACUGUAUCUCCUAAAAUAUACGAUGAAAUAAAAGAGAUUGAGAGAGAAAAGGGUGUCACUAUUGUUACAGGCGGUAUUGGUGGCUACAAGAGACCCAAGGAAAUGCCCCCUGGGAUGCGUAUACUGCUUACUUUCAUUCAAGAUAACCGGCUUCGCCUGGUUGACUGGUUUAACCAGUUUGACAAGGACCACAGUGGCGGCAUUUCUCGCGAAGAGUUUAAGAUCGGGCUGAAAGAGACUGGGCUUGUGAUGACGCAGCGGCAGCUUGAUCGUUUGAUCGACUUCAUCGAUAUUAAUGACGAUGGUGAAAUUGAGUUCAGUGAACUUAUACGAGGCCGUGAGAUUACGAUACAAGAAAUUCGCCAAGAGAAAAAAAUUGAAGAAAGACAGAGAAAGUAUGACGAGGAGCGCAUGCGCCUGCCUAAACUAGAAGGCUACGAUUACGACCUUAUGUAAAGAGGCAACUUAGAGACCGGUACUAUGCCCGUGGAAAAUGUUCAGGUCUGUAGAUGCAUCAAGGGAACUGAGACUGGCAAUAUUUAUUGUACAGAAGAUAAACAAGAAACGUGUCAUAAGGGAAGAGAUGCUGAGUUAAACCGUGACCUGACAUACCACAACUAUAAAUGUGAUCGUAGUUUUUUGUAAGGGGAAUGUCCGAAACAUAGCUCGGAGAUAUUCGUAAGAAUUUCAUAUACUUGGCAGUCUAACAGCUAAUCUAUGGUCAAGGACUGUUGACUCUGUAAAUGUGCUCUUUUACUGACAUUCAGUUUAACUUCAUUAUUUUUCCCACUCAACUUCAUUUAUUACUGUCAAAUAUAUUCUUACGUGCUCUUAAAAAGACGAGUUGCAUUUUAAAAGAAUUGAACUGUUGAUGACUAAUUUAUUUGUGUGAAGCUCAUUUGUAUUGCAAAAGAUAGCGAUUAAAGGCAAAGAAAGCAAUUGUCAUUGAA